AUGUCUUCCUCAUCAAGUGAUGAAGUUGAUGAAGCUUUAGAAGAAAUGGUCGACCAAGUUGUUGAUAAUUACAUCGACUCAGUGAUUCAUGGUCACCACAACAAGUCCAAAAGACGGGCUUAUAUCGAAAGAGCUCGGGAACAAAGACACAAUCAGCUGUGGAACGAUUAUUUCAAUGAUAAUCCUACAUACCCACCGGAAAUGUUUAGGAGGCGUUUUCGAAUGAACAAAUCAUUGUUCCUUCGCAUUGUGGAACGUAUAAGUAAUGAAGUUCCAUACUUUCAGCAAAGACGAACUGCUUGCGGAAGGAACGGGCUAUCUCCACUUCAAAAGUAUGAAUAUCUACAAAGCCCUACAGCCGAGGAUCUUCAACGAUUACUCGAUGUUGGAGAAGUACGGGGGUUUCCGGGAAUGAUAGGCAGCAUCGACUGUAUGCAUUGGGAGUGGAAAAACUGCCCAACGGCUUGGAAAGGUCCUAAAGCCGAGAAAUUUGCACAAAAGCAAGAAUCCGUCAGAAAAGAUGUCGAACGGGCUUUUGGAGUAUUACAGUCGAAGUUUGCAAUUGUUAAAAACCCAGCUCUACAAUGGGACAAGGAAAAGAUAGGUAAGAUAAUGAGAACUUGUGUCAUAUUGCACAAUAUGAUAGUAGAGAACGAACGACACGGAUACGCUCAAAUAAAUACUUCUGAGUUCGAAUCAGGAGAGUCAAACAGAACUUCAAAGGUGACAAGCAGAGAAAGUAUUCAAGCUGGUGAUAUGUUAGGCAUGCGCAGAGAAGUUCGAGAUCAAGAGAAGCAUUCUCGUUUGAAAGCUGAUUUAAUGGAAAACAUUUGGCAAAAGUUUGGUGAUGAAGAUGAAUAA